AUGGACGCAGUUCGCCCAGUCGCCUUGGUACAGGUACCUACAUUGAUCGAACGGGGGAGGCAGCGACCGCCCGUUACGGUAAACAGCAUGCAGGAGAGAGGGUACCAAAAGCUCCGCGUAUUUGUACAGAAAGUCUUCAUGCAAUUCUUUUCUAGCAGGCUCAACACGAAAGCCGAAGAUCCAAGAGAGGCUCGCGACGAACAAACCAUCGAGGACUUGCCAUCGGCUACAUCGUUGUCAGUGGAACUGUGCCAGAUUGCGAGGCGUAUGUACAGCAAUAGGCGUAUAAGCCAGACGGUAUCAUCAUCCGCAGAUGAGCAGGAAAGCGACAGCGAUUCUGAUGACGAGAAAGAAAGAGGUCAAUCACCGUUCUGGAGGAGGAAAAUGAGAACGUUGCACAACCAUUUGGACGUGAACAAGGAUGGAGUAAUCAGCUACGAGGAUUUUAUGCUAUUGGGAAACCGUUUUUCUGAAUUAGGUCAUUUGUCUUCGGAAGCCACUAAAGAUUUCAGGAAAGUUUUAAAUGAAAUGUGGGAGGAACAAUGGGGUGAGAUUAGUCCGUACAAUCUCAUCGGGGUUGAGAAAUACAUUGAGGAAAUGCAUCACGUUCUCAAUGAUUCUUCUUUGAAGAAGAAGUGUCAUCAUUUCCUGCCAUUCUUGUUUAAAGCGGUGGACAAAGAUCGCAGCGGUGAGAUUUCCAUCGAGGAAUUCAAAAUGUUCUUCGCAUGUUUGGGCCUCACACACGAUCAUGCUGUUGUCAGUUUUAGUCACAUCGACACGAAUGACGAUGGAAAGAUCAGUUUGAAUGAGUUUGUCACUCUGGGACGUGACUUCAUGCUCACGGAGGACCAGACGAGGCCCAGCAAGCACUUUUGGGGCCCAUUAGUAGACUGAUGCGAUUUUGCGAACUUGUGAUGUUUAAACUUUAAGAAAUAUUGCGUAAUUAAUAAUCUUCACAUAUUUCUUCUUAUUUUAAGGAUUUAUUGUUUUAAGGACUAUAGAUAAGCUAAGUUUUUGUAUGAAAAAAUGAGACUACAAUUAUUUUAUUGUUUAAAAACAGUGUAUAAUAGAAAGAUAAGAAAGAACGUAUUUCAUUAA